AUGCCUUCUGCCGAUGAGCCAUCCUCAACUCGCACAAACGGGACUAGCUCUCGAUCGGAUCAGCUUGCCCAUUAUAAAAAGCAGUAUGAGCAGCUUGAGUCCGAACUCGCCGACUUCCAGGCUUCCAGUCGCGAACUGGAGGUCGAGCUAGAGAAGGAAAUCGAGGCGUCGGAGAAGCGUGAGCGACAGCUGAAGGAAAAGGUGGACAACUUGAGAUACGAAGUAGAUGAGUGGAAGUCCAAAUAUAAGCAAUCCAAGUCAGAAGCCAGUACUGCCCAGAAUACGCUCCAGAAAGAAAUCACCUCGCUGCGGGACACGAGUUUGACGCUACAGUUGAAACUACGGGACAUCGAGGUUGCAAAUGAUGAUUAUGAACGCCAGGCUCGUCACACGACUUCGUCCCUGGAGGAUAUGGAGUCCAAAUUUAAUAUGGCUAUUGAAAGAGGGGUUCUUCUGGAAGAAGAGGUAAAACAUGGCGAACAAGAGCGGGAGGGUUUGCGCAUCGAAAAUCAACGACUCCGAGACGAGUUGAAUGAUCUGAAGAUCGAAACCGAUAUUGUCCAGGAGAAGCUUCGGAAUGGUGGCUGGCGCCGUCGUCCAGCUCCUUUGGGUCGCAGCCCAUCGACUCCGCAUACUCCAGAAGUAUUCGACCGUUCUCCGGGAGAAUCGACUGUGUCUUCACCGAUGUUUACUACGCCGCCAACGAAGCUGUCGUUGACACUGGCCUCUGCGAAUGCAACGCCACCGUCACCACCCAUGUCUGAGACGUCGAACAGUAUGCGCAGAUCAUUGAAUGCCGCCUCAGGAUUCCCUCUACAGAAAGCUGCAGGGUCGUCCGAAACUUUCGGCACGCGGUCGCUAUAUGACAAGAGGCCCCCGCGAUUCCAACCCCACUCCCGGGCUACCUCCUUCGCAUUUAGCAAUGGUCGCUCAACUCCUUCAAUCAGCUCUCGGGUACCCAGUCUUCCUAAGCAGAACAAUACCAAUACCAUUUUCGCCAACAACAACAACAAUAACGCCGCGAACCGCCCAUCUGGGAUACCGAAAUCUGGCUCGCUAUAUCAGAUCCGUGGACUCAUUGGAAAAAUGCAGAAGCUGGAGGAAAGGGUCCAAUCCGCCAAAUCCAAGCUACCCCCUCCGUCCGAUUCCGGUUCGCGUGCGUCCUCCCGCGCUGGCUCGGUUCUUGCUGACAGUCCUGGUGCAUCGAAUCUUUCAAUGCGUCGGGAUCCCCGCAAGCGGCUGAGCGGCAGCAGCUUUAGCUCUUCGAUCCGGGAAGGCGAUGGCGCCCCUCCAUAUGUCACGUCAAGUCGUCCGUCUUACGGGACUAGGACACAGGGAGACAGCCGUCCGAGCAGCCGCACGAGCUUCUCCAGUUCUUUCAGCCACAGCACUCAUCCCAGUGUAACGCCUUCAAAUCGCCCAGAGAGUCGCCAAAGCCGUACAAAGACACCUCUGGGCCACUAUUCCACCAACCCUACCACGGAAAGCCGAAGACCACGAUCAUCACUUAGCAACCCAGCGGGACAGUCUACCCCAAUCAAUGGAAUGUCUUACAUAGACGAGGAUGAUGAUCUUGCCCAGCAGAUGUCUAUGCGUGCAACAGUGAGUGAAGCUCGCCCGAGUCGCCUUCCAUCGUUUUCCACUCCGACUGGCCUAAAGAAACGAGCCACAAGCGGUGUCUCUGGAAUACCAGUCCCUGGAAUACCGGCGCCCCGAGGCCUGCGCCGAGAACAUACCAUGGGACCACCCAAACCAAAGCCGAAAGCGGACGACUUGGGCGAGACGUUUUAG